AGGGAAUAGGGAAUUCAAUGCCUGAGUGGCAGCCUUGUUUUGUUGUGCUUGCUGGGUUAUACCUUUAUGUUCUAGAGUCUGAAAAAGCUCAGACCUACCAACGCUGUUGCAGCAUGGCUGGUCGACAAGUUUUCGAGGUUUCUCCUGCAAGUGUUGGAGGAUCACAAUUUUCAGUUGCUGUGAGUUUUAGGGGCCUGGAUAUGCAGAAGGCUUUGGAGUCAUCAAGUACUCUGAUUAUAGAGUUUACAGAUGAUGAGGAGAAGGCUCUUUGGAUUAGAGGCCUUGUCCAAGAAACGUACAGAACUUCUGCACCUCCUCCCAUGGACAUGCUUGGAGAACCUUCGCAUGGCAUAUCUGACUUGAGUGGGCCCCCAACACUACUGAAGGAGCUGAUCUUGUUGUCAAUGGUACCCUGGUAGAAACAAAGCUAUCUAUAUAUGGAAAGGUCCAUGAUGAAGAUGGUGAAGCUCGUGGGGAAACUCUUGUGCUAGAAAUCCUUGCAGGUGGAGGAAAGGUAAGAGUCAUUUGUAUGGAUUU